AUGGGCUCACCCUUCGACUGGGAUGCUUUGGAGAAGAACGAGGGGCCGCUGGAGGAGCUGCUGCAGAACGCGCGGCCCAAGUGGAGCGAAAGGGAGCUCUCCGGGGCGGCCCGGAAGCUUCGCCUGCUGGGCCUGGCAAACAAGGCGGCGCUGAGGCAGGCGCUGCAGGAGGAUACGUUGAACCAGCAGCUGCAGCAGGCCGGCUGCAAGACGUUCAGCCGCGAGGCACUGGAGGCGCUCUGCCGGGAGCUGGGCGUGGCAGGACCCGAUGAGGUCCCCGUCGAGGCCGAGAGCGAAGGCGCGGCCAGCGAGUGGGUGGUGGCCUUCGACCGGGUGGCGCUCAGGGCCCACUGCUCCCUCGAGGCCGAGGUCCUCGGAGUGUUGGUGCGCGGCCGGGUGGUGCGUGGCGUGCUGCACCAGGCGGAAAACCGCCCCUGGCUGCGGCUGAGGCUGGAGGAUGUGAACGGGCCCAGCGUGGAGUGGCGGGUCAACAGCAAGGCGCCCUUGUGCAGCGAGAAGUCCUGGAGCAGCAAGGUCAAGGACCUCGAGGAUGCCACGGUGUUGGGCCACGUGGAGUCGGGCUGGCUGCGGACCCAGCGGGGCUUCGUGCCCUUGAGGGAUUCGCAAGGUGCGCCCCUGGUCAGCCGAAGCCCAGAGAGGUUUGGGUGGCUGCUGGUGCGCGCCGAGCACCUGGGCCUGGGCGAUCUGCUGCUGCCGUUGGACGGCGAGCCAGGCGACGAGGCGGCGGCGGCGGCGGGCGUGCGGCUGCGGCGCCUGCCCGGGCGCGGGCUGGGCCUCUUCGCGGCGCGGGACUUCCAACGAGGCAGCUGCGUGCUGGAGGAGCGGCCUUUCUUCAAGCGGCCCAGCCUGGCUCAGCUGAAGCAGCAAAAGCUGCUCACCAAGUCUUUCUGGGGGAAGUUCCAGCAGAUCAAAGCGCCGCUGGAUGAUGAGAGCCACGUCUUCGCCUCCACGGCGAUGCUGCGCAGCGGCCUGGGCUUCUGCCAGGCCUCGCGGCUGGUGCAGCAGAUGGUCUUGGAGCUGCACCAUCCUCCGCUGGAUUCGGGCCACCCCUUGGUGUGA